AUGCUGUUUCAGAUAGGCAAGGGCGGGGAUGGAAAGGGGAUGGAAGCCAUCUUGGACAAGGCUUUGUUCGGCGAGUUGGCAACCUCAACUCUCGAUUGCGGCGUCUUCUUGGACAGAGCGGAGUUCAGGAAAUCAGCUGAAUUGGCUUGGAAUCGUGCGAACGUCCGGAUCCAGGAGAUAGAUCACAAUGGUCGCUUUGUCGCCGACAUUUGGAAGAGGUUCGUGGUUGAUGAAGACAUUGAUUGUCGAGUCAACUACGGCUUCACAGCCAAAAGGCGUUUCGGUGAGUGCAUGAAGAUACAGGAGCUCAACUACGACAACAUUCCAAUCAUCGAGGAGGACGAGCUCACUACCUUGCUUGCCCAUCCGGUCACUGCAGCAAUCUAUCUGAGGGAAUACUGCAUUCCUUUCUUCCAGGAGACGAGUCUUACCGAGUGCUUGCACAUGAUCCAUGACUUGUCCUCAGUGCAUCCUGAUCUUGCUCGCGACACGGACUGGCUGGCUUCUCGCUUGUCUGGUGGCAACGCACCUCCGCCGGGCGUUGAGAAAGACCUUAUGAGCACCUACAAUGAGCUUCUUGUGGCCACACAUGAAGCGACACCGCACAGGCGCCUCAUCAAGGAGUACCUCGUACACAAGGUGGAGGAAAAAUGGGUUGGCGAUGCCUUUACCAUGCAGCGGGAUCAUAUGGUAUCCCACAAAACCGCUGGUGGUGACUCCAGCAACCUGGGCCGUCCGAGUGUUCAACAAGUACAUGAAAAGGCCAACAUUGACGAGCUACGAGAAUAUGCUCGACUUGGAACGGACAGGAGACAGCCACUUCUCGAGCAGUACAUUAUGCGCCAUGAAUCCCAAGGGUUGCGCGAUGGAUCUUUCUCCACAAUCAUCGUUGACUACUAUCAGCUGACAAAUUAUGGAAGACUACUUGCUCGCGGGGUCGCUGGUCAAAAACUGACUCGAGAAGCUCGGCACGCGGCUUUUGGAGGGCAUUGCGUUGAAGUGGAUGCUCCGUGCUGUCAUCCCCGGUUGUUGGGCAUGACUCUGCUGAAGCUUGGAUUGUGGGAUACUCAGAAGUACCCUAUGCUGAACAAGUUCACAGAGAACUACCAGGCAUGGAGACAAGCUAUCGCGGACUAUGAGGACAUCUCUCUAUCCGAUGCCAAAGUUGAACUGAUUAGAAUCUUUUACGGCGGGAAGCCCACACGAGAGAUUCCCUUUCUUCUCAAACUCUGCGAUGAGGUUCAGAAAGCGGCGGAAGUAUUGCUUCGCCAUCCAUCGUCAUCCCAUGUGGUCGGAUUGUACCAGGAUCGACGUAAUCCUGAAUUCAGUCGGCUGUGCUCUUUACUUUCCUUCGCAGAGGCCAAACUUCUGAGCAUUGCGACAGAAUCACUUGGUCCGAGAGUGCAGGUUCUCAUAUUCGAUGGAUGCUAUGUGUCCUCGCAUGGUCUGUCCGACGACAUGGACGUGGAAGAGGCUUGUGACGAAUGCUCCAAGAAAUUG